UGUGCCCAAGUGUGCUUUUCAAGCCACAUUGAGGAACCUACCUCUUUUUUCUUCUUCUUAACAAUCAUCUCCACGCUGCAGCUCACCCCCGUGAUUUUUGUACCUCUUUUAUUUUUUCGUGUUUUAUUGCUAGCUUCGUUGCAGCUUGGCGGAGGGUUGUUUUUCUUUGCUUUUGUCACGCGUGGACGAGACAAACUUGUGCAUGGCUCUCGUCAUGGAGCCCGUCAGCAAGUGGAGCUCCAGUCAAGUGGUGGACUGGAUGAAAGGACUGGACGACUGCCUGCAGCAGUACAUCAAGACGUUCGAGAGAGAGAAAGUCGGGGGGGACCAGCUGCUGCGCAUCACCCACCAGGAGCUGGAGGACUUGGGAGUGUCCAGGAUCGGCCAUCAAGAACUCAUUCUGGAGGCGGUGGACUUGUUAUGCGCGCUGAAUUACGGACUGGAGACGGAGAAUCUCAAGACUCUCUCUCAUAAACUCAACGCAUCAGCCAAGAACCUGCAGAACUUCAUCGCGGGGAGGCGGCGCAGCGGCCACUACGACGGCCGAGCCACUCGUAAGCUCCCCAACGACUUCCUUACAUCCGUGGUGGACCUCAUCGCCGCUGCCAAAAGCCUUCUGGCGUGGCUCGACAGGUCACCGUUUGCAUCUGUGGCCGAUUACGGCGUCACCAGGAACAACGUGAUCCAGCUCUGUCUGGAACUCACUACAAUCGUUCAGCAGGAUUGCUCCGUGUAUGAAACGGAGAACAAGAUCCUUCAUGUGUGCAAGACUCUAUCGGACGUGUGCGACCACAUUAUUUCGCUGUCGUCGGAUCCCGUCGUGUCGCAGGCUGCGCAUCUGGAGGUGGUGCAGCUGGCCAACAUCAAAUCCACCGAGGGAUUGGGGAUGUAUAUCAAGUCAACAUAUGACGGUUUGCAUGUCAUCACCGGGACGACGGAGGGAUCUCCGGCUGACCGCUGUAAGAAAAUUCACGCUGGAGAUGAAGUCAUUCAAGUCAAUCAUCAAACUGUGGUGGGCUGGCAACUGAAAAACUUGGUGAACCUCCUGCGUGGGGACCCGGCAGGCGUGACCCUGACGUUGAAGAAACGCCCACAGAGCACACUCACCUCCACUCCCGCUCUUCUCAAGAACAUGAGAUGGAAACCACUGGCUCUGCAACCGCUGUUCCCUCAGAGCCCCGGCAGCAGCGUUGCCACACCCACCAGCACUUUAAGCACUCCAUCGAGGAGGGGAAGCUGCGCUCUGCAGGACCUCUACAUCCCACCUCCUCCGGCGGAGCCCUACACCCCCAGAGAUGACAAAGUCAGUGCGCAGCGUGACGACUCUCAGUCCGACCACGUCCAUCCCAGCAAGCGCUCCGACUCCCCAAAUUCCUACCUGGACCAAGAGUGUCGGCGUCAAUUUCCUCUGGUGGAGGACGACUCCAUCCUAUACUGUUACGAGUACGAGCAGAACCAGGAAGUGCCGUCCGUCCGCAGGGGGAGCACGCCCACCUACAGCAGGCUCAGGCCCAUCUCCAUGCCGCUGGAAUACAACUGGGCGGGAGAUGAGGAGGAGAACCUGGCCAAGCAGAAGAGAGAGAGCAGGCGAGAAAAUUCCCUACUGCGUUUUGCAAGUGAAGACAAAGGACAUGGGGGAGAGUUCCUGCUGGGCCGGAGUCUGAGUCACAGUCGGCGAAAGAUGGAGAGGGGAAGCAGCCCGACUCACUACACGCUCAUCCCGGCGCUCCAGAUGGAAGUUUCCCUCUCGACAUCCAACUCCGACUCCGCCUCCCUCUACCAUGUGUUUGAGCGAUCCUCGCUGCUCUCAAGGUCAAAGAAAAAGAGUAAAGGUAAGACCCCCAUGGCCUCCAUCAGCAAGCGACGGAUCUCCUGCAGGGACUUGGGUCAGGGUGACUGUGAAGGCUGGCUGUGGAAGAAGAAGGAUGCCAAAACGUAUUUUUCUCAAAAGUGGAAGAAGUACUGGUUCAUUCUGAAAGACGCGUGUUUGUACUGGUACAUGAACGAGGAGGAUGAGAAAGCAGAAGGCUUUGUCAAUCUUCCGGAGUUUAAGAUCGAUCGUGCUACCGAAUGCAGGAGAAAGUUCGCGUUCAAGGCUUGCCAUCCCAAGAUAAAGACCUUCUACUUUGCAGCAGAAAAUGUCGACGACAUGUCCCGGUGGCUGAGUCGUCUCAGCGUGGCUCUGGCAGGCUACUGCGAGCAGGACAAAAUUCAGGAUCAAGAUUACUGGAGUGAGAGUGAGCAUGAAGACAUGGACAUGACCUCCAUGAGCAAACAGGACAGUCCACCACCACCCUACGACACCUACCCGAGAGCAUCGUCAGUAAGUACCGUGAGCCCCUUCCUGGAGCCCAAACACGGUCAUCUCUCCUCAUCCGACACAUUCCAGUCACGUUCCUCUCAUGAGGAUUACCACUCGGAGCUCCGGGAAGGUGGCGGCGGCAGCAAGAAUGGCGGAAUCUCCCCCGGACAGACGACCAGCAACCACCGAAACUCCUGGCAGGACCAGAUGGAGAGUAACGCCAGGAUGCACUUCCUUCAGGCGUAUCCCGUGGACGAGCCCCUGCUAGCUGAUGACAGGGAACAAAUGGCCAUGGAGUAUCGCAGGCAGUCCACACUCCCUGCGCAACGCAGCCUUCUGCAGGAACAAUACCGAGCCUUGCCCCUGCCCGUCAGGUCAAGUAUGGAUAUGGAGGCGGGAGGGAAACCUCGCAGCUUCACGCUUCCCCGAGACAGCGGUCUCCACGCCAUCCUGGCGGCCAACGCCGCCGCGGCAGAUGAGAGAACACCUCGGCACUACCAGCUGGAGCGGCCUAGAGAAAUAGGACGGGGACGAGACUUGAGGCUGCAGUCGGAUUCGGUGGGGGAUUUGUACCGAGCUCUGGAGCACACCAGUCUGUCGGCCUCGGCCGAGCACCGGUCGACCAGCCGCUUGGAAUACAAGCGCUCGUUUGUACGCAGGGUUAACGACCCCUUGCUGAACGACAAGCUUCACCGCCUCCGCAUCCUUCACAGCUCUCUCAACAAUGUCCCUCUUCAAGACACAAACCGCUCGAUGGGCUUUUUAGGCUAGUACUUGGAACCGCUCUCCUUGGGCCCUGCCCUGCUGCUGGAGAUGAAAAGGCAACAGAAAGCUUCAUUUUGCCCCCCCCCCCCCCUUCUUCCGUUUCAACCAAUUCUUCUGAGUGUUGCUCCUUCACUUGCUUUCUGUAGUUUAAAUGAGGAGAAUAUUUGAGCACUGGUUUGAACGGGUUUGGAAAAAAAAAAAAAAAGCACUUUGUGUCCCUGUCAUGGACUUGAUGGAGAGCUUGUUCACUCACAUGCAUGGCUGUUUCCCAUCACUUUUGCUGGAAUUCUGCACAGUCGAUCAGAUCAGGUUGACUAUUUUGGAUGUACACUCAUUUUGUUUUGUGUCUAAUUAUGAAUCGAUACGCUACACAACUUCUCGAGGUCAUGUGCUGGAAUACAAAUAGUCAAUCAA